GUCAUGAAAAACGCUCCAAAAACUGUCAAUAGUGUCAACUUUGAAGGUUAGGUUAUGCCGAAUUUUCAUUCAAAAUUUAUUUUAGAGAGGAAAUGAAAGUUUAUUAGCUAUUUACAUCAUUAUUUAGAGUCUGAUAGACACACUCCCGUAAAUACAAUGUGGCCAAUAUUGAUGCAGUUUCUCCGGAGCAAUGCUCCAUAUUUGACACUCCCCUUUGCAGCCGUUAUUGGUGUUAUAGGUUACAACUUAGAAGGAUAUUUUUCUGAUAGAUAUACUCCUUACAACAAAGCAAUAGAAGACCAGAGACUAGAGAGGCAGGAAGACAAGCUGCUCACGGACCCUACCAACGUAGAGAAGCUGAAGUAUAAGGAAAAUGUGUUAGGGAAAAAUGUAGCACCGUCGUUACAAAAAUAGAUAAAUAACAAUUAUAAGUAUGUAGUCUUACUUUGAAGUAUGCAGAAUUUGAGUAAACUUGGAGUAAAGUGGGGGCCUACCGCGAAACACGAAAAUCGAUAUUUCGGUAUUUUGCCUCUCUAUUCUCUCUAUCGCUCGAAUACGCAAGAGAUAGAGGCAGUACACGCGAAAAGCGAGACGCAGCUAGAAGAGCGCCGCCGAUCGCCGCCAAUUUCUUAUAAUUCCGUAUUUAAUUUUCAAAUCGUGAACUUAGUAAUCAAUUAGUCAAAAGUAUUGCUGGAGUUCUUAUUGUCUGCCUGGAGAGGCAAAUAACGUUAUUACGAUUUUCGUCAUUCGCGGGAGCCUCUGAUGGUUGCCGACCUAAAGCCUGUUCCAUGCAUUGUCCAUGUGUAGAAGACUGCAAACAAAAAAGUCAUGACAUUCGACCAAUGGCAUUAUUCCACAGAUACAAAAUGUUGUACCUCAUUGGGUCUUAUUCCGAGAAGCUCGAUCUACACCCCAAACGCGUUAGUUCGCGUAGCAUUAUUUCCAUUCGCAUUUUUCCCAUUUUAUAUUUUAAUCUAUCGUUUAUUUUUAUAGUUAUACGUUUUAUUAUAAGUGACCCUUGUCCCUUUUUCCCCAAAGUUUAAUGUUGUAACGGUAGUAACAAUAAAUCGUAUAGGUUCAUUAGGUGUUAGCUUCAGGGUUAUAACCGUGAAAAUCGAAGUUCGUCAAUUGCGGUCAUUUUUCUCUGUCACUCUACGUAUAGAGUAAAAGAGAAAGAUCCCCGCAAUUUACGAAUUUCGGUUUUCGCGGUAGGCCCCCAGAUGCCCGAAAGGCAAACAGACCAGAAACAGGAGCCCCGGGGCUCCGUCUAGUUAAGUUGUGAAGGACAUGUUUUUGGAAAAGCAACGACUAAACGAAUAAAAAUCUAUUAGAGAAAAUAACGCCUGUUAGCCCAUGCGAAUGGGGAGGUACUCAUGAACGGAAAAAACCCUAGUGGGCAAAAUGGAAAUAAUGCUACGCGGAACGGAACUAACACGUUUGGGGAACAGAGGGCCUACCGCGAACCACGUUCGACGUGUUGCCUCUCUGUCGCACUUGUAAAUUCGUGCGUAAGUAUGACAGGUAGGCAACACGUCGAACGUGGUUCGCGGUAGGCCUUCUGAUCUAUAUUCCGAGUAACAUGUUUUUAUGUUUUUUUUUUAGAUCCAUCUGGAAUAAAUUUUUACUGUUAAUGAUAGUUGUUUUUUCUCGGUUAUCUAACGUUUCACAUUUGUAUUUGUGGAAAUGUACCUUAAUAGGCGGGUAUACACAGAGCGAGCAUACGCGCGAGGCAAUUUCGCGCGCGUUUUCCUCGCCUGAGCGCUGAGCGCCCCGUCUCGGCCGAGGCACGUCUACACUGGCCGGUUUGUGCGUGAGGAAAUUGCCUCGCGCGUAUGCUCGCUCUGUGUGGACCCGCCUAAUCACGAAACAUUGUUCGGGCUACUGUAAUUUACUCUAUCUUGUUCAAAAUAUAGUUUUUUUUUUAAGUACUCUAGAUUAGUAGUAAGAUCGUCGUGGUUAUCACCGUCAUAACGUGAUUAUAAGCAUAGAGAAAUAUAAGUAAAAAAGAGUGGUAACUCCAUACUCCAAAACGCGAGUUAUUUCGUAGUCGACAUCUAGUAGCGAAAUUCAUCAGUACUGCUAGUCGACAAUAGAUGGCGCGACGAACGAAAACUAAUGCUCAACAAUUUUUAGUUAAUAUAACUUUUCAACUCCUUCUGCUUGUAAUAUAAGUUGUAAAUUGCUUUUGCAAUACAUUUUUCAUCAGUUGCGACACUUGUGACAUCUGGUGUCAAUUAGCGGUACUGAUAAAUCCACUACUUGACGCUCGAUGUCGACUACGAAAUAUCUCGCGUUUUGGUAAGAAAACUGAUGUAUAGGGACCGUGCGCGUUGGAGGGUCUGCCAUCUUGUGGCCUGAAUCGGAACAAUAAACAUGUAAAUUUACACGUUACGUGUUUUGUUGUGCAUAGUAGGUUCUGCCAUCUCGUGGGCUACAUUGGAACAAUAAACAUCACAUUUACGCCUCGCGCCAGAAAUCUGACGGCUCCUGUGCUGCCUCCUAUAGUUCAUGCACGCUCCCUAUAGAGUAACCACUCUUUCUUUACUUAUAUUUCUCUAUGUAAUAAAUUAAUAACAAUUUCUGACCAGGCUGAAAAAUAUAUAUUUGCAGUUACAUACUAAUUAAAGUGUACUCACCUUCCUAUACAAAUGCCGUAAUUAUUUUAGGCUUUAUAAUUAAUGAAUUUCAUUGUAAAUAGUAGUUUGAGAGUCGUUAAUAUUGUAAUAAACGUUUUGUUUUAAA